AUGGGCAUAGGAGCCUAUGGGAGCAAGUUAGUAAAAGAACAGAUCCAGCGCCAGAAUUUGGUACAGGAAGCCUCACGGCUCUUCUCCGGAAUAUGGAGCUCUCCUUUGGAAAGGCAUCUUCAAACAGACUGCAGGCUCCUUAAAAACAGGCAAGUCUACAGGAAUCAGAAACCUUCCUCCAAGGAAGCAACGGGCGGGCAGCGAUGUGGGAGCCGGAGUAAUGCAGUCAAAUCAAAGCAAAAGACGCCAUCCGAUUCCUUUGAUGAUGGCAACUGGAGCACUUUUUUUACUGUGGCAAGGAAGAAAACUGUUAAAAACCCAUUUUCAAUUAAAAUAAAAUCAUAUAAACUGCAAGAAGAAGGGCGUUUAGAGUUCCUAAAGUGUGCUGUGUCCUCAGGCGCAUCGUUCACUCCAGCCCCUGUUUCAAAAGGAGUCAUAAACCAGAAAAAUGAAUUAGAGACAUCCAAGCAGCGUUUAAAGGCUGCUAUUACUAUACGAUCUCUAAUAAAUCCAGACAGAUAUAUCAUUGUAGUGGAGCAUGAUCUAAGUGUAUUAGACUAUCUCUCUGACUUCAUCUGCUGUUUAUAUGGCAUACCAAGUGCUUAUGGUGUUGUCACUAUGCCUUUUAGUGUAAGAGAAGGCAUAAACAUUUUUUUGGAUGGCUACGUUCCAACAGAAAACUUGAGAUUCAGAGAUGCAUCACUUGUUUUUAAAGUGGCUGAGACAGCAAAUGAAGAAGAAGUUAAAAAGAUGUGUAUGUAUAAAUACCCUGGAAUGAAGAAAAAGAUGGGAGAGUUUGAGUUAGCGAUUGUAGCUGGAGAGUUUACAGAUUCUGAAAUCAUGGUGAUGUUGGGGGAAAAUGGUACUGGUAAAACGACAUUUAUCAGAAUGCUUGCUGGAAGGCUUAAACCUGAUGAAGGAGCGGAAGUUCCAGUUCUAAACGUCAGUUAUAAGCCACAGAAAAUCAGUCCCAAAUCAACCGGAAGUGUUCGCCAGCUACUGCAUGAAAAGAUCAGAGAUGCUUACACUCAUCUACAGUUUGUGACUGAUGUAAUGAAGCCUCUGCAAAUUGAAAACAUCAUCAAUCAAGAGGUGCAGACAUUAUCUGGUGGUGAACUGCAGCGAGUAGCAUUAGCUCUUUGUUUGGGCAAACCUGCUGAUGUCUAUUUAAUUGAUGAACCAUCUGCAUAUUUGGAUUCCGAGCAAAGACUGAUGGCUGCUCGAGUUGUCAAACGUUUCAUACUCCAUGCUAAGAAGACAGCCUUUGUUGUGGAACAUGACUUCAUCAUGGCCACCUAUCUCGCAGAUCGAGUCAUUGUUUUUGAUGGUGUUCCAUCCAAGAACACAGUUGCAAACAGUCCUCAAACCCUUUUGGCUGGCAUGAAUAAAUUUUUGUCUCAGCUUGAAACUACAUUCAGAAGAGACCCAAACAACUAUAGGCCAAGAAUAAACAAACUCAAUUCAAUUAAGGAUGUAGAACAAAAGAAGAGUGGAAACUACUUUUUCUUGGAUGAUUAAAGUGAAUCUGAGAAUAUUGAUAAGCCAUUUAUUAAGAGAAACAUUUAUUGGAAUUUUUGUCAUAUAAAAUUUAAAUCAGGUUUUAUACACCACAUGCUCUAGAGCUUGAAGUAUAAUUUACUUACUGUAACAUCAAAAGCCAGUUGUGUUGUAAAUGGUAGUCUGAAUACAGAAAAUGCCACUUUUCUGAUCUUGAUGAUAGAACCCUUUUUGUGCAUAACAUUGUAAAAUGAAGACAUUUCAAGCAUACAAAUUACCUCCAGGUUUCCAUAAUGUAUAGAAAGAUUUUCAGUAGGUUUACUAUAUAUUCAUGUACUAAAUGCUGAGCAGUGUUGCCCCUU